AAAGCAACCUAACACAAAUCUUCAACAAUGACUGGCCGCGGCAAAGGAGGAAAAGGUCUAGGAAAGGGUGGCGCCAAGCGUCAUCGCAAGGUUUUGCGUGAUAACAUCCAGGGAAUCACCAAGCCCGCUAUCCGUCGUCUGGCUCGUCGUGGAGGAGUCAAGCGUAUCUCCGGUUUGAUCUACGAGGAAACUCGUGGUGUUCUGAAGGUGUUCCUGGAAAACGUGAUCCGUGACGCUGUUACCUAUACUGAACACGCCAAGAGGAAGACCGUCACUGCCAUGGACGUCGUCUAUGCCUUGAAACGCCAGGGACGCACUCUGUACGGUUUCGGAGGUUAAAU